GCCCGCGCCGCCGCCGAGCCGUGCCAGCGCUGCGACGCCGCCGACCCGCGGCUCCACCACAACGCCUCGCUGCUCACCGACUUCCACAGCGAGGAGGAGAGCACCUGGUGGCAGAGCCAGUCCAUGGCCUUCGGCAUCCAGCACCCCAACUCGGUCAACAUCACCCUGCACCUGGGCAAAGCCUACGAGAUCACCUACGUGCGGCUCAAGUUCCACACGAGCCGCCCCGAGAGCUUCGCCAUCUACAAGCGCGGCCGCCCUGGGGGGCCCUGGCUGCCCUUCCAGUACUACAGCGCGUCCUGCGAGCGGACGUACGGCACGCGGCCGCGGCAGCCGCUGCGCCCGGGCGACGACGAGCGCGUCGCCUUCUGCUCCGACGAGUUCAGCGACAUCUCGCCGCUGAGCGGCGGCAACGUGGCCUUCUCCACGCUGGAGGGCCGCCCCAGCGCCUACAACUUCGAUGGGAGCCCCGCUCUGCAGGAGUGGGUGACCGUCACCGACCUGCUCAUCUCCUUGAACCGCCUCAACACUUUCGGCGACGACAUCUUCAAGGACCCCAAGGUGCUGCAGUCGUACUACUAUGCCAUCUCCGACCUCUCCGUGGGUGGCAGGUGCAAGUGCAACGGGCACGCGAGCCGCUGCGCUGCCGACGCGGCCGGGCGGCUGCUGUGCGCCUGCGAGCACAACACGGCCGGCACCGACUGCGAGCGCUGCGGGCCCUUCCACCAGGACCGCCCGUGGGCGCGCGGCACCGCCGCCUCCGCCAACGAGUGUCUCCCUUGCAACUGCAGCGGCCGCUCGGACGAGUGCGUCUUCGACCGGGAGCUCUACCGCAGCACCGGGCACGGGGGCCGCUGCCUGCGCUGCCGCGACAACACGGCGGGGCCGCGCUGCGAGCGCUGCCGGCCCAACCACUACCGCUGGGAGCCGCGUGCCGCCUGCCAGCCCUGCCACUGUGACGCUGCAGGCUCCCUGCACAUGCAGUGCGACAGCUCGGGCGCCUGCGCCUGCAAAGCCACGGUGACGGGCUGGAAGUGCGAGCGCUGCAGGGACGGCUUCCACAGCCUGGGCCGGGGCGGCUGCCGACCCUGCGCCUGCAACCCGGCGGGCAGCGUGGGCACCUGCGAUCCCAACUCCGGGCGCUGCGUCUGCAAGGAGCACGUGGAGGGCGCCACGUGCGACAGGUGCCGGCCGGGCUGGUUCAAUCUGCAGCCCCACAACCCCGUCGGCUGCACCAGCUGCUUCUGCUACGGCCACUCCACGGCGUGCACGGCCGCGGGCGGCUACGAGGAGACCCAGCUCCGUGCCACCUUCGAGCGAGGGCCGGAGGGCUGGGCGGCCGCCACGCCGGCUGGCACCGCGAUCCCUUUGCAUUGGGCUGAUGGCGAGAUCUUCACCGAGUGGGACGGAGAGGAUCCGGUGGAUUUUCUGGCUCCAGUGAAGUUCCUGCAGAACCAGCAUCUCAGCUACGGGCAGCUGCUCUCCCUGCAGCUGGGAGCAGAGGGGAACAGCAGCGCGGGGCCCCUUCCCCGGGCGCAGCUGCUGCUGCAGGGCGAGGACGUGGCCGUGGCACUGCAGGCCCCCUCCAACGACAGCCAGAGCCCUCCCGGCCAUGGGAAGCAGGUUGUCACCUUCAGGCUUCACGAGGCAGAAGAGGGUGCGGAGCCUUCGCUGUCCCCCUUCAGCUUCCAGCGCCUGCUCUCCAACCUGACAUCCCUCCGGCUCCGUGUGAGCCACGGCGCCCUGCAAGGCAGGCUGUCCCUGCGCGAGGUGCAGCUCGUGUCGGCGCGCCGCGGGACGGCCACCACCACCGCCACCACCGCCGCCGCGGCCACCUGGGUGGAGGAGUGCGCCUGCCCGCCGGGCCACGGCGGCCGCUCCUGCGAGUCCUGCGCGCCCGGCUUCGCGCGCCGCCUGCCCUUCGGCGGGCCCCUGGUGCCCUGCGUGCCCUGCGCCUGCAACCGGCACGGCACCUGCGACCCGCUCACGGGGCGCUGCCGCUGUUGGCACCACACGGAAGGGCCCUCGUGCGAGCGCUGCAGCGCCGGCUUUCACGGCGACCCCACGGCGGGGCGCGAGGACGACUGCCGGCCGUGCCCGUGCCCCGGGGGCUCGCCGUGCGCGCGGCUCCCGGGCAGUGACGAGGUGGUGUGCACCGGCUGCCCGCCCGGGCAGAGAGGGAAGCGCUGCGAGCUCUGCGACGACGGCUUCUUCGGGGACCCGCUGGGGCAGCGGGGCCCCAUGCGGCCCUGCAGCCCCUGCCAGUGCAACGGGAACGUGGAUGCCAACGCCGUGGGCAACUGCGAGCCCGUGUCCGGCCGGUGCCUGCGGUGCCUGCACAACACCACGGGCGAGCGCUGCGAGCGCUGCCGGCAGGGCUUCUACGGGGACGCGCUGGCGCCCGCCGCCGCGGGGAAGUGCCUGCCGUGUGCCUGCAGCCCCCAGGGCUCAGUGCCAGGCCUGGGGGGCUGCGACGCCGUCACGGGGCAGUGCCCCUGCCUGCCCCACGUGGCCGGGAGAGACUGCGGCCACUGCCAGCCGGGCUACCACGGACUGCAGCCCGCCGUGGGCUGCAGGAGCUGCGAGUGCCACCCGACGGGCUCGCGGCACAGCGAGUGCCACGUGCUCACGGGGCAGUGCUCCUGCCAGCCCGGCGUGGAGGGCACGCGUUGCGACCGCUGCCAGCUCGGCUUCUUCGGCCUCUCUGCCGCCGGCUGCAGAGCCUGCAACUGCUCGCCGCUGGGCUCGGCCACGCCGCAGUGCCACGAGAACAGCACCUGCGUGUGCCGCCCGGGCUUCGUGGGCCACAAGUGCGACCGGUGCCAGGCCAACUUCUUCCUCGACCCGCCGAGCAGCAGCUGCCGCCAGUGCCCCGCGUGCUACGGGCUGCUGCGGGACGAGGCCGAGCGGCUGGAGGCGGCGCUGCGGGAUGCAGAGGCACGGCUGCACCAAGUGGGCUGUGAGGAUGAUGAGGAGCUGGGUGAUGCACCCCGGGGAGACAGGCUGCCCGGCCGGCACCUCCUGCAAGGUGCCCACGCGGUGCUGGUGGAACAGGCAGGGCGGCUGGCCGGCUCGCUGGGCGCCGCGCACGGCCGGCUCCGCAAUGCCACCGACGUCGCCGGCUGCUCCGACCGCGGUGCCACCACCACCAAGACCUGCGCGCUGCUGGCCGCCGUCGGCGCCGCGCUGCACUCGGCGCAGCGGGCAGCCCUGCGCGCCGCGGACACGCUGGCCACCACGGAGAUCCCGGAGGAAAUCCCGCGGCAGCCCACGCGCUGGAGCCGCCGGGCGCAGGAGGCCCGCGCGCUGGCCGAGAGCCACGGGGCCGCGGCGGGGCGCGUGGAGGCCGCGGCGGGCAGAGCGCUGCGCGCCGCCGACGGCAGCUCCGAGCUGCUGCGGAGGCUGCUGGAGGAGGGCGCGGGGCUGCAGAGCCGGCGCGAGCUGGAGGCCAGGUACCAGGACGUGGAGCGGGCGCAGGAGGAGCUGAGCGCGGGCGUGCUGGAGGCGGCGGCCGAGGUCAAGAGAACUUGUGUGGCUGUUCAAGCCCACGCAGACAUGGCCAAGAAGCUGCUGCCCGUGACCGUUCUGGAGCCGCAGGCGCUGGCGGCCCGGGCCGAGGCCCUGGCGUGGGGCCUGGCCGCGGUGGCGGAGGCCGUGGAGGCCGCAGCCCGCCAGGCCGUGGAGGCGCCGCGUGCUCUGGCGGCCGCGCCGCGCCGGGAGCUGCGCAGGACCCGCGCCCUGGAGCAGCUACGGGACAGGGCCAGCUCUGCCCACGCCGGGGCCACCUCAGCAGUGUCACACGGCAAAGCUGUGCUCUCCGACGCAGAGUCCAUCCUGGCCAGCCUGGAAGGCAUGAGGAAGAUGCUGAGACAGCGGAAGGGUCAGGCUGCCCUGAACAGGAGGAUGGCGCUUGUGCAGAACAGAACCAUGGUGGAGGCCCAGAGGAAGGCUAAACAGGCAGAGAAGAUGCUGGGAAACUCCUUGUCCAUGUCCACCACGGCCAGCAGGACGGCUGGGGAGGCUGAGCAAGUUGCUGUUGAGGGUGCUAAGAGGGCACAGGCCGUGCUACGGGAGAGCAAGCACACCCACAAGCAGGCCCGCGAGCUCGCCACGCGCUCCAACGAGACCCAGCAGGAGCUCUCCACGCAGGAGCACGCAGCUGGGAAGCUCAGGGGGGACCUGGAGGAAGCAGACCGGGUGAGGACAGAGGCAAAUCAGAUGGUGGAAAGUCUCCAGGAAGCCCGGGGCUCGCUGCUCGCAGACAUCGAGACCCUGAACGACCUGCUCAGCAGCCUAGGCAGCGUGGAGCAGGCGGCCGGCGUGGACGCGGCGCUGAGCGCCGGGCGGCAGCGGCUGCAGCUCCUGCGGCGGCGCCUGGCCGAGCCGGGCGCCCUGGCCGGGCGGCUGAGCCGGCUGCAGCGCGAGGCCGAGCGGCAGCGCCAGGAGAUCCAGGCGUUCGAGAGCGACCUGGCCGAGAUCCGGGCCGACAAGCAGAACCUGGAGGCCGUUCUGCGGAGCCUGCCCGAGGGCUGCGCGAGCUGGCGCUGACGGGGUGCCCGCGGCCGCCCGAGCACCCCCAUCGCCCCCGUGUCCCCCUGCGCAAGGCACAGCAGAGCAAAGGCCGCCCCUGCGCUCGCUGGCAUCUCGCUCUGCUCUCCACGUUGCUCCCCAUGCAGCAUCGCUCCCACGUCGUGGGCUGCACGGGCUGAGGCCUCCUGGUGCUCUGCAGCAGGACGUCCUGCCACCAGCUCUGCUCCUCACGAAGCGAGGAACCAGCAGCCAGGGUCCAUCUGACGUUUCUGUGCAGGGGAUAGAGCCGUGGCAGAGCUGGGCUCUCCCCAUGAAGGUCCAUGAAGAGCCACGGUGAAGCUGGGCUGUGAAAGAAGCUCACGGGAGGGCGUGCAGGUCUCCGUUCCUCGGCACCAGGAACCUCGCAGGGCUGCAGCAUCGGCCUGGCCAAUGUCCCUGAGUUGCACAGCCUGAAACAGCUGGAGCUGGUGGCUCAUGCCAGUGUCAAUGCCUCUGGCCAGCCCGGAUGCCAGUGCCUAUAUUGCCUUUAAAGGAAAGGCAUGUCUUAAGGAUAAGGCACAGUUCAUGUCUUAACCUGUUUUUCCCAUGCUCUUUUGCUAUUUGCAGGAGUGGAAGCAAGGUUUGCUAAGGGUUUGUGCAACACAGUCCGUGAAGCUGCUGCCAUAGAGGCCAAGUCCCCAUCCCCUUCUGCCUGCAAGGAGCACAGGACAUUCCCCAAACUAACCUAUUUCUCUCCUACUUAUGCACAAAAUCCACAUGAGGAGCGGGCUGUCGGAGCAGCGGCAACGAGGACAUGGCAAGAGGGGCUCCCACCGGCUCCCCGUGAGGACAUCUAGACGCCUCGGAGCAGCACACGGACCUGCUGUGCUGCUGGGGACACUUCAAGCCUUCGCUCCGCUGCCCAAGCUGCCGUUCCUCCUCCUUCUUGCUCUCCCUGGGCCUCUGUUUUCUUAGCUGGUGCCACCUGCU